CAGAGACAGCACAAAGAGGGAGAGGGAGCCAGGACACACAGCCAGCUGAAGCAUCACUGAAUAAACAGCCUCAUCCCAGAUACAACAGCAGAUCUUAAGGCUGAUCAACAAGACCCAUUGGAGGCGAUAAAUCUGAGACAGAUCUUCCAGCAGCAGAGAUGAAGCCAAUCUGUUCCAUCAUGGAGAAGAGUAACGGCGUGGUGGUGGGAGCUGAGCUGACCUGUAGUGUACGAGAGGAGAACAAGGCUCACAGGGAGAGCUACAGUGCUGACUGGCAAAGUGUCAGUCUCAAGACUCGACCUCAGGAAAGGCAGACGAUGAACAUGAACGAUGACUCUCGCAGGGAGACUCUGUCCCGGCAGUGGCAGGCCCGUUCGCUCAAACAGAACUGCCCCUCCGGUGUCUUCAGAGUGGGCACCGUGGAAACAGGAGUGAGGGAGCACCAGCUGCUGCCAAAGCGAAAAUCCCUCCCCCUGCCCAUAUUCACCCCCGCAGAGCUGGGCGUCAGGCUCGGACGUGGGGCCCCGCACACUGAGGAAGAUCUGCAGCUCUUCCCCACCCCAGACGGAGUGUGUCCCAGCAAGAGAACCGUGGACGAGAUCACAAGAGACCUCCCCCCAGUCAAGCCAACCCUCAUGGAGUUCGUCAAAGCACCCAAAGCACUGGGGCGCUCCAUGUCUCAAGAGGCCCAGAGAGGGUGAAAAACAAAAAGAGAGAGAGAGGAUUUUAGGGAAAGACGAGAUGGGUGACAAAUGGGAAAGAAUAGCCAGUGAGCUAUGUGUGUCAGGAAAGAGCAUGACAAGAUGUGUAUAGAUUUAUCUCGAGUGACAAUCAAAAACCAUAAAUACUGUAGAUCUUUAGCACUAUCUGUGUUUCUUGGCGAGCACAGCACUGGUCAUGGUUGGCAUUUGGUGGUCAGUGGUAUUAGAAAUUGUUAUGUGAAGGCAUUGUGAUGGAGAGGCAUGGUGUGCGUUCUCAGCUGUGCCAUGGGUUGAUCUCUGCCUGUGCUGGCCAGCUGGCCUCACCAUAUCUGCUGAUCUCUCAGUGGAGUCACUGCGACCCAACUAUACCCUUAACCACACCGCAUACAAUGUCUUCUGCCUUAAUUCUGUAUUGCAAAGAGCAAAUAUCCCCGUAAGGUAAAUAAAAGUGUUCUUGAGGUUAGCAGAUUCAUAGGUGGUGAAGGGAUGCAAUAACGCAGAAAGUGACAGGUGGAAAAGGAUGUUUAGAAGCAAAGAGGGAUGGAAAGAGAGAUGGAGAGUCAGAGGGGAAGGGGAGGGGUGAGGGGUAGGGGAAACAUGCUUUGGAGUUGGUCAACCUCCAGGCCUCCAUAAGCCCUUGAGAGUCUCUGAUCUCCGUGAAGAGUACAGAAUGCUCUGGCAUGACCACACACUGCAGCUGUACAUACGUGUGUGUUUGUGUGUGUGUGCCUACUUACAACUGUAAUCAGGAGGACUUAGGAAAAUGGGUAACCUUACUGUGUAUUGAGUGAUCUGCCUGGCUGAGUGGCAGAUCCUGUAUAUCUGAUAUAGAGUAACAGAUACUGUAUUAGCUGGGAAUGCCUAGUGUUGUGAAUGAUCUUGAAAUGUGUGCAAUGAGAUAUUUUUCCUAGAUAUUUAUAUUUUUACUAAUAAAAUCUGAGCUGCUCUUCA